UCGCCCGGACCGGUUGUUAUGGUUCUGACGCUGUGAGCAGCAGGGCUUCUCACGGUUCUGCUUUACACUGUGUGAAAGUUAAAGAUGAGGAUGAUGAUGAUGAUGUUUUCCUGCUGUGGUCAGGUGUGAUGGGAGUUCAUGGACUGUGGAGGCUCUUGGAAAGCACGGGAAAACCCAUCAAUCCCGAAACACUGGAGGGGAAGAUCUUGGCUGUCGACAUCAGUAUCUGGCUGAAUCAGGCGGUCAAAGGUGUUCGGGAUCGAGAUGGGAACGCGGUUCAGAACGCUCAUCUCCUCACGCUCUUCCACCGGCUCUGCAAGCUGCUGUUCUUCCGCAUCAGACCCGUGUUUGUGUACGAUGGAGACGCGCCGCUGCUCAAGAAACAGACACUGGCCAUCCGGAGACAACGGAGGGAGGAAUUGAGCCGCGAGUCCCGACAGACCAAUGAAAAACUCCUCCGGACGUUUCUGAAGAGACAGGCCAUCAAAGCAGCUCUAGGGGAUCAAAGUCAGGAAUCAAUUCCCAGCCUGUCGUCUGUGAGACGGGAUGAUCAGGAUGACAUGUACGUUCUGCCUGCGCUUCCUCCGGAGGAGGACAGAGACAAGAGCAGUUCAGAGGAGGAAAGAGAUGGAGACGAAUCGACCUUCAGCAGAUUUCAGGAAGAGAUCUAUGACAAUCCUAACUCUGUAGACAUCAACUCGGAGGAGUUUUCCCUCAUGCCUCCGGAGAUCAAACACGAAAUCUUGAAAGAAAUGAAGGAAUUCAACAAGAGGCGACGUACACUGUACCACAAACCACCGGAGAGGUCAGGCGAGUUCUCGCAGUAUCAGCUGGCCGGUCUCCUGCAGAGGAACAAACUCAACCUGCGUCUGGAGGGAGUGGAGCAGGAGAUGAACCAGCGCGGCUCUGGAGGAGCGGAGCAGCCGUACGGCGAGAGCAAAGAUCACGACAUGGAGGUCCGCCGGCUCGUGUCUGAGGACUCGUCCCACUACAUCCUCAUUAAAGGGUCUCAGAAGAAGGCCAGCGCUCCAGAGAGUCAGUCGGCUCCAGCGCUGUGGUCCAGCUGUCCGUGGGAACGUAAAGGGAGGCCUAAAGGAAAACCUGAGCCCUUGUGGCGUCCCGUGACAGAGGAGGAGGAGAACAAGCCUUCCUCCUCGUCCUCCUGUGCUGAGGAGGAUCUGCCAGCAUCAGGAGGAGCACCGGCCUCUCCUCGCACACUGCAGGCCAUCCAGAGCGCCAUGAUGGACGGCAGCUCUGAGGAGGAAGGCAUCGAUAUGAGAGGACACAAGACGACAGGAUCAGAUGAUAAAGAUGGAAGCGCGUCGCCUCGAACUCUACAGGCCAUCCAGAGCGCCAUGAUUGACAGCAGCUCUGAGGAGGAAGCCGGCAAAACCAGAGGACACAGGGCAACUGGAUCUGAUGAUGAAGAUGGAAGCAUGCCACCUCGAACUCUACAGACCAUCCAGAGCGCCGUGACACAUCCGGCGGCCAAAGACACCCACAAACGCAGGGCGUACGUCAUCACGAGCAGCUCAGAGGACGAGGAUGAAGCGGGAGCGAUCGUGAGCGUUUCCUCACAGAAAGAGCCUUCAGAACCAAAGCCUCAGGCCAAAACGCCUCUUAUUCCCAGUUCUGCAGUAGAGACACUUGAGCCGCGAGACGUCGCAGUAAAUCUGCAUCUGAAGCAAAGACACCCGAACACUUCCUCUGAUCAUCAACCUGUGAAUACAGACGUAACAGAAGAAAACAAACCCAAGAGUGAAGAUGAUGAGGAAAGUAGCUCUGAAGAGAGUUUUAUUGAGGUGUCUGAUGUGGAGGAACCACCUGAAAUACAGCAAUCUCACGUCAAAGCAGAAGAAGCAGCCGAUAAAAGUGCCUCAGAAGAGACCGAGGAGGAAGAGGAGGAGAGAAGAGAGGAAGAGUCUGGCAUACAGAGCUCAGAUAAGAGUGAUGAAGUCAACGAGGCCGUAGAUGAAGCUCCUGCUGCCGCUAGCGAGUGGGAUCACAUCGACACGGAGGAGCUGCUGCAGCUGGACAGACACCUGCAGGACGAGCAGACGAGUCUGAGAGAGCAGCAGCAGCAGCAGGAGCGCAGCAGCACCAGCGUCACGGGACAGAUGUGCCAGGAGAGUCAGGAGCUGUUGCGUUUAUUCGGUGUGCCGUUCAUCGUGGCGCCUAUGGAGGCCGAAGCCCAGUGUGCGGCGCUGGACCGCCUGGACCAAACGCACGGCACCAUCACCGACGACAGCGACAUCUGGCUCUUCGGCGGCCGGCACGUCUACAAGAACUUCUUCAACCAGAACAAAUACGUGGAGCAUUACCAGUCAGCUGACAUGCAGAACCAACUAGGUCUGGACCGGAGCAAACUGAUCAAUCUGGCAUAUCUGCUGGGCAGUGAUUACACCGAGGGGAUUCCCGGAGUGGGAUUCGUCACAGGGAUGGAGAUCCUCAAUGAGUUUCCCGGCGCUGGAUUAGAGCCGCUCCUUCAGCUCAGUGCAUGGUGGGCUGAAGCUCAGGAGAAUAAGAAGCUGUCUGCCAAUCCCAAAGACACAAAAGUCAAGAAGAAACUGAGGAAUCUUCAGCUUCAUCCUGGUUUUCCCAACCCUGCCGUGGCCCAGGCUUACCUGCAUCCCACCGUCGACCAAUCAGAUGCUUCGUUCAGCUGGGGCCGCCCACAUCUGGAGCUCAUUAAAGAGUUCUGCCUGAACCGCUUCGGAUGGAACAGCAGAAAGACUGAAGAAACGUUACAGCCGGUGCUCAAACAGCUCCAGUCUCAACAGACGCAGCUGCGCAUCGAUUCCUUCUUCCGUCUGGAGCAGCAGGAGAGGCAGUCGAUCCGCAGCCAGCGCCUGCGCAGAGCCGUCACCUGCCUCAAGAGGAAAGAGAGAGAGGAGGAAGAGGAGGAGGAAGAAACCUCUCCGUCUAAACAGGGCAAAACCAGCGCCUCACCAUCGGACGCUGCGGGACCGUCAGCAGGAGGAUUCAUAGGGUCAGUGGUUCACGCAGACAUACAGGACGAGACCAGGGGCGGAGAGGUGGGCGGAGUUACGCAACACAGGACACUGAUGUCAUCGAGGGCGGAGUCAAGCAGCUCCAGCUCAGAGGAUGAUGCUGAACGUGGGAGGGGCGUUGCUAUGGUUACAGCUCGUUCUGUGUUUGAUGGGAAAACGAGAGGAAGAGGGAAACGAGGAGGAAGAGGAAGGAGCAAAAACAGAUCAUGACAACAAACACGUAUUUAUGAACGAUAGCAUCAAAGAGAUGCAGUGCGGAUUUACAUUUAAAAUGUCUUGUAUUUAUACACUGAUGCUGUAUAAUUAACAUUCUGUGUGAUCAUGUAAAAAAAAAAGUAUGACAUCAACAAUAUUUUCUUUACGUUAGACCUGAGGACUACUUUUCUAUUUCUGUUUUUUACUAUCUUCAGAUGAACUUUGAAGAAAAAAAGAACAAUAAAAACUAAGUGUUUUUCAUGA